UAACCCCGAAAAAGCGGGGAAAUAGACUCGGGAAAAGAGAUCGGUCGGUGAAGAUUCCUAUCGGUCCCAGCUCUUCCAGGAGGAGGGAAGUAGAGGGGAAGGAGGGAUUAGGGUAGGAGGAGUCCUCCCGCGGGGAGCAGGUGCGUCCUCCCGCCGGGGAGGCGGCGGUUGCCUGGGUAACCCAUUACCGGAAGUCCCCAGAGUCUCGAGGAAGGCAAGCCUGACCCGCGGCAGUAGCAGCGGCAUCUACUGCGGCUACUACGGAGCCUGCGGAAGAUGGCGGAGGGCGGGGCAGCUCACCCGGGCGAAGACCGGGAGGAGGAGGCUUCAGCUGCCCGGGCCUCGGCCCCGCCGACUCCCGGUGGGCAUCGCCAGGAAAAGAAGCCCUCGGGGUCGCGGGCUGGGCCCAGGCCCCCCACCGCCCGCGAUUUGCAGUUGGCCUUAGCAGAAUUAUAUGAAGAUGAAGUUAAGUGCAGAUCAUCAUUUCAGUCUGACAAACCCAAAGCUAAAGUAUUUAAAAGCCCCAGAACACCACCUCAAAGAUUAUACUCAAGUGAACAAGAGUACAGUGGGCUACAUAUAUCAGGAUCCUCAAAGACAACUGGAAAAAUUGUGAAUGAACUUUUCAAAGAGGCAAAGGAACAUGGUGCAGUUCCUCUAAAUGAAAACACAAGAGCUUCAGGUGAUAGUAACAAAUCUAAAUCAUUUUUGGGUGGUGGAUAUCGAUUGGGUGAUUCUUCUCGAAAGAGAUCAGAAUAUGUCUAUGGAGAAAAUCAGCUGCAAGAUGUGCAAAUUUUGCUCAAACUUUGGAGCAAUGGCUUCAGUUUAGAUGAUGGAGAAUUAAGAUCUUACACUGAUCCAACAAAUGCCCAAUUCCUGGAGUCUGUUAAAAGAGGUGAAAUUCCUCUGGAGCUUCAGCGACUGGUCCAUGGUGGACAAGUGAAUUUGGAUAUGGAAGAUCACCAGGAACAAGAAUACAUAAAACCUAGGUUGCGAUUCAAGGCUUUUAGUGGAGAAGGGCAAAAACUUGGAAGUCUUACACCUGAAAUAGUCAGUACGCCUUCUUCCCCCGAAGAGGAGGAAAAGUCAAUAGUAAAUGCAGUUGUUCUUGUUGAUGAUUCAGUGCCAAUAACAAAAAUUCAAAUCAGGUUAGCAGAUGGAAGCCGCUUGAUACAAAGAUUCAACCAUACACAUAGGAUCAUGGAUGUCCGAGAAUUUAUUGUACAAUCCCGUCCUGAAUUUGCAACUCUUGGCUUUGUUCUUGUAACAUCAUUUCCAAACAAAGAGCUAACUGAUGAAAGUCUGACACUUCAAGAAGCAGAUAUCCUUAACACUGUGAUUCUUCAACAGCUAAAGUGAUCUUGCUCCUAUCUCUGCAAUAGCAUGUGGGAUAAAUAAUGUGCCAUAUUUUUUAAAAGGAAAAAAAUAGCAUUUCAGCAGAAAAAAAUAGGAUCACCAUAACUAUUUUUUCCCAGAUCAAUCUUAGUUUUAUUGUUCUGUCUUCCAGCUCCAGUGUAUCUAAAUCCAUUUUAUGAAUAGACUUUUUCUAUUCUGUGUUGGUUCAAAUAAAGGCCACACUUUCCCUCCAAAUAUGGCUUGCAUAAAACCUGAAUAUAGCUUAUAAUUUUCCCCCAACAUUCAGCUAUAGAUCUUUUUUGAAUGGGAAAAAAGGAGGGAUACAGCUUGUAUCCAGGAGUAGCCAAUAUUUGGUCCAAUACAGUAAUUAUUCAUUCGGAUUUUUAGACUUUUUUUUAUAACUGAGCCUUCUUAUGUUUAUAAAUUCCAUAUUCCUGGAUUAAAAAUUAAUUAUUUCCACAGUGACAUGACAGUUUUUUAAAAAUGUGCAUAACUCUGGAAAAAUAGAACCAUGUUUUUGAAUAUAUACCUUAUAUUUAGUAAGAUUUACGCUAAAGUAUUUUGAUGCUAUGUUGACAAAAAGCCAUUUAAAACUUUCUUGAUCAACUUAAAUGAAAUUUAAUUUUACCAUAAUUUAUAUUGAAAAUAUAGCUAUAUUCUGAUUUAGAAGCAAAUUGAUUAUGCAAAGUCAUUUUUCAACACAUUAAGUUUUUACAUAUGUAUCUCCAUCAAGCAUUGAGUAUAUUGGUGAUAUCAUAUAAUCUAGUUUGAUCUUCAAGCAUAUAUAAUUUUGCUCUAUUCUGUUUUACUAUUUCAGACACCAAACUAAAAUACAUAAAUGUCAAAAGUACUAGAGGUAGAGAUGUGGGCAAAUUCUAUAAACUAGUAGAACUCUGUACUGUUUCCUAAAGUCAUCUAUAGUCAUGUUCAAACUUAGGACACACUACCUCCUGCCCUGCCCCACCCUAAGCAGAACUGCCAGAAAAAGAGCUAACUCUUAUAGCUGGAAAUUUACUAUUAUAGUAGUCCUUUUCAUUUACUUCUAAUCUGAAAUACUGUCCACAUAGAUAUUUAAAAGAGUUACUAGAAAUGAUAUGGGAGGGAUAAGUGACUAUGAAAGGCUACAUGUGAAGUGUUGGUUUAAAUUCUUGGUUUUUUUCCAAGUCACCAUUUUUGCUUAUAUAACUUUCCGCAGCACUUUCUAUGAGAAGGGCAUUUAGGAAUGUAUGUCUGCUUUGUCACUGCCAUUUUAUUAAAUUUAUAAUACUAGGGCAAGUGAGGUUUACAAAGCUGUUAUGAAAGCAGUUCAUUUUUUUUUUUCUUCCUUUGGAUAUAAACAGCCUGGCUCUACAAGAAAGUUUAAUAAUGAGGCUACUAAUCUUUCCCUUUGAGAGAGAAUUCUCUCUCCUCUCAUCCCCAAAUUAUACUCAGAGUAGAGGAGACACUUGACACUUUGCCAAUAGUUUGAAAGAACCAUUUUGGUGAAAAGCAAAUGAAAAAUUGUGAAGAAAUUUAAUCCAAAUCCUGUUAUAUUCUUUGAAAUUUCAUUUUUGUGGGUUUCCUUCUACAUUUGAUGAGAGUGGCCAUAACUGAAUGUAUAAAAUUGGCUGUCAUGAUUGUGCAUUAACAAUCUUCCUAAAUACUUGGACCCAUGGAAGAAGAGAAAAUUGUUCCCUCAAAAGAGAUAACUUUACCAUAUACUUCAUAUUAUUUUACUUUGUUGAAUGUUGUUUUCCUGAAAGACCUUUUGCUUAUUGAGUUAAUAUAAUUUAUUUGAAAUUUGGAUCUCAAAAAAUAGGUCAUAGUUGUUUUGCAUGAUAAACAAUGUUUUUCAGUUUAUGCUAAUUAAUAAAGACAUUUGUACUUGAUAAA